AGCUUUCUGUUUCGUCAGUCACUUCACAAACGUCGACAGAGCAACUGUAGUUUCGUUUAGCUUUCGAUAGAUAAGCAAAAGCAUUUGCAGAAUGUCCAACAAACCGGUUCUAUACUAUGCGCCACGCAGUCCGCCGUGCCGUGCGGUGCUGCUGACAGCCGCUGCUCUGGGUGUGGAACUUGAUCUGCGUGUGGUCAAUGUGAAGGCGGGUGAGCACAAGUCUGAGGAAUUUCUGAAGCUGAAUCCGCAGCACACGAUACCCGUGCUGGAGGACAAUGGCGCUGUGGUGAGCGACUCGCAUGUGAUCUGCAGCUACUUGGCGGACAAGUAUGCUGGUCAGCAGGAUGCGCUGUAUCCCAAGGAUGCAGCCAAGCGUCGUGUUGUGGAUGCGCGUCUUUACUACGACUGUGGUCAUCUGUUUCCACGCGUGCGCUUCAUUGUGGAGCCAGUCAUCUAUUUUGGCGUCACUAUCGUGCCAGAAGAUCGCAUUGUCUACAUGCAGAAGGCCUACGAUGGACUGGAGCACUGCUUGAGCAGCGGAGAUUAUCUGGCAGGCGCAGAGCUGAGCAUUGCGGAUCUGUGCACAGUUGCGACGGUGUCCACAGCAGCUGCCUUUGCGCCUAUCGAUAGUGCGCUGUAUCCCAAGCUGACGCAGUGGCUCAAGCGCAUGGAGCAGUUACCGUAUUACAAGAGCUGCAAUCAGGAGGGACUGGAAAUGCUUGUCAAUCUGGUCAAGGGGCUGCUGGUGGAGCACUAACAAUGGCGCACUGAGCUUACAAUUUCCCACAUCAAUCAACUUGGCCAUAACUAAUACCAAUACAAUAUGUUUGCUCUUCACUGUC